AUGGGGGAGAAAACAGCUUUCGAGGGCCCUCAACGGGAGCCAUUGACCAAUGAUUCAGACGCAAAUCAAGUCGCAGAUAUAUCAGCUGCGGCUGCAGAACCAGAGACUGAAACUGGACCGAAGAGCACAUCUGCACAGAAGGUCCCUAAGAAACGCACAAAAACAGGUUGUCUUACCUGUCGACAACGUCGCAUUAAGUGCGGAGAAGAGAAGCCCAUAUGCAACAAUUGUAUCAAAUCAAAACGAGAAUGCAAGGGCUAUAUCCAGCGUGUCAUCUUCAAAAAUCCCAUCGGCAUCUUCGGAGCGUAUAACGCUAAUCAAGCUCUCAAUGCCCCGAUGCAGCCGACAUCCUCGGGAGCCCCGCUUCCAACUGGGUAUUAUAAUCAGGAGCUCUCUCAGCUGAGACAGGCUGGCUCCAACAGGCCGCUGUUGGCGCCCAGGCCGUUCCCACUAGCAGCCACGGGGCCGUCUACUUUUAAAGCAACUGGUAGUGCAGGACCACAAGAAACUAACAUAGAUACAUUGCAACCUCGACCGCAGCAGUAUGAAUCUGCACGUCUUGUCGCCGUUCCCAGCGCACCUGGAACAUUGCCGUAUGGAUUUCCGCAGCUCCAACUGGAUAUCCAAAAUCACGACUAUUUGCGACAUGGAACGAGUGCGCCAACUUACAAUGUCGUUCCGGCAAGAGAUCAGCAGUUUCCGCCCCAGCAGGCUUCAGCGUGGCCUGAACCUCCAGUGCCGGUCAUGAAUCCGCAAGGGACGUCGAUGGAUCCCACCCCAGCAUUUGCAACUGCACCAAUUCCUCAGGUAUGUGACCACAUCUUAAUCGGGCUUGUCACUUCCUACUCAACGUUGUACCAGAAGUUUCAUCAAGCUGGCCCAGCAACCACUACCGCGUUCGCUUCCGGUACGCGACAGGAACAACAACCAGUGCAUGAGCCUACCGCCAUCCCGCUGAUGACAUCUUCAAAGGAAUUCAUCUACGUGGACGACGAAAGCGAAGAGUACUAUGAUGUCGAAUCUGAUGAAGAAAUGGAGGAGCAAACAUCGGCCGAGGACUUCAACCAACUCAGCCUCAUUGUGGCCUCUGCUAAUCAAGAUGAACGGCAGCUGCGGUCUUUCACGACCUACCUGAACGAACCCAACAUGCUUGCUUCUUAUCACCCCACUCUUGGCUCGUCUCCCUUGAAUAAUCCAAAAACAGCUCGAAUAUUUGUCCACUUCAUCCAUUCAACUGGGCCAUCUUUAUCAAUCUUCGAGCGACAUCCUGCAGAUUCUGCACACACGCUUGGCUCACCUGUGCCAGCAGCUCAGCAAGGCCUGUGGACACAUACAAUGCCUCUCAAGGCAUUAGAGCACCAAGCAUUGCUUCAAGCCAUACUUGCUCUCAGCAGCUUACAUAUCUCGUAUCUGCAACAAGCUCCUCCGACUGUUUCGUUGAAGCACUAUCAUUAUGCGCUCAAGAGAGUCGGCCAUGCGGUAGGUCUGCCCCAAAGGCGCAAACAGGUUGGCACCCUGGCUGCUACUCUCCUGUUGGCAUAUUACGAAGUGAUGACAGCCGAGCAUUCGAAGUGGAACAGCCAUGUCGCAGGAUCAGCCCAGUUGGUACGUGAGAUUGACUUCGCCACCCUCACGCGUGAUAUUCGAUCUCACCGGCGGAGGGUGUGGGCUCAACGGCAGCGACUGUGGGAAGCCCAAUCGGCUUAUGCGGCUUACUAUGCGUUUGACGAAGAGUUUUUGGAGGAUGACCUAUUCGCUGAAAAAGAAAGCAGCAUUGAUGAGAAUUUCAUAGGUUCUCUUCUGGGUCGAGCGGUUAAUUUUGAUCAGUUUGGCCAGGUAGAGGAUGGACGUACUCGCCAGCGAGAAAGACAUUUCACCCGGAAAGACAUUGAGACCUACAGAAUCCAAUGUGACCUCUAUUGGUGGUACUGCAAACAAGACAUGAUCCAGGCCUUCAUCGGGGGCGGCGGACUUAUAUUACCUUUUUCCCGUUGGGGCCAGUGCCCACCACGAGCCGGUAUCGGCCGUUUGGACGCUGUCUACGGCUCAGCGGACCAUCUAUGGCUACUGCUCGCCCGGCUCACUGAUUUCGGGUACCGAGACAGAAAACGAAAGUUGCAUGUAGCUAGAACCACUGGUCAAGAUUGGAGACCAGGCCCGGGUCUUCACAAAUUCAUGUCUCGCUUUGCCAAGGGCAGUGCGACCGUACCAAGAGGGCCUCCUCCGGGAUCUGCGCAAAACCGUGGGCCGGAACCUAACCGCCAGUCACCCGUGGAUGGUCCCAGUGCAGGGAGAGAAAAUUCACCUCCCAUGUAUGGCAUGGUUCCACCGAGAGGACCGACACGUCUCCCUUCGGCGUUUGCUAGCACAGCACAUCGAAGCCUGUCGCCGGGUAAGGAUGAAGAGGGAGAUGUCAUGUCAUAUGAAGAUGCAGAGAGCGAAUGGGAAGAUAUUCGGGCUGCCUUUGAUACCUUCGCCGGUGCCCUCGGUCCAGAUUUCCUUCCUCUGCCAGCUGACACUAUCCCUCCUAUAGCGACCCCUUUCGGGCCAGCGCUACAGUAUCGUACGCAUACGGUUGCGGUGUUGUGGGGAUUUUACUAUGCAGGCCGAAUUCUAUUGCACAGACUGCAUCCAUCAAUGCCACCCGCCAUGAUGGUUGCUGCAGGCGUGGCAGCGCCCACGACUGCUGAUUACGCUCAGAUUAUCGGGAAAGUGGCCGCUGGUAUAUAUUUCCCCCAGUGGUUCAACGUGGAGGCGGGGAAAUUGAGCCCUACCUUGGGGGCCUGCUUGAUUGAGAUGACUGUGCCUAUUUUCUUUGCAGCCGUUCAGUUCGUUGACGCUGCCCAGCGCAGCUGGACUAUUUCGAAGCUACGGGAUGUCUCACGCUUAACUGGCUGGAAAUCGUCUGAAGCUAUAGCCCUUGGCUGCGAAAACGCAUGGGCCGUCGCCGCAAAGCAAGGGCGCGGUCCUCCGUAUGAGCGCACGCAAGAGAAUCUCCGCAAACGACCCAAGGAGGACCCUUCACCCAAUGAAGGCGUCAGUGAAGAACACCAUGCAGGCGUCAACACAGAGAGGAGACUCGUUACUAUUAGUAAAUCGAUGCAUGUUCACUGGGCAAUGGGGCUCUUGAGCCUGGAAGACGACGUCCUGAUCAUGGAAACAGACGACCGGAGAUAG